UCUCUUCCUUCCAAAAUCAUUCCUAUCCUUCCUACCCCAUAAAUUUUCCGGGAAACUCAAAUUCUUGUCCUAAACCAAGAUCCGACGGAAACCCCACGAAUAAUUUCCCGAUGCAUAUGCUGCCUGUAGAUUCUUUCCUUAUUUGAUUGUUUCCCAGUAAAAAUACAACCACCUUUUUCAUUAUACCUCUGCGAUUUCAUUUCCCCUCUUAAGAACCAACUUUUUCUCCCUACUUUUUUCCACCUAACUUUCUCUGAGAAAAUGCAGCUUCAUGAUUCCCAAAUCAUCGUUUUGAUUUGCUGAUUAAUGGGUCUUGCUUAAUUUCAGUCAGUAUGGUGUAGGGUUACCUUCAAUUUCCUUACUUGUUCCCGAUUUUUUAUGGGGUUUGUUGUAUUUGAGCUUGAUUGUUUAGUCAUGGAGUAACUGGGUUUACCUUCCAUGGAUCUGAGAGUAAUGUUGGGGAGAAGAAUUUUUGGGUAGUUUGUGUUCCGAUAUCGAUCAAGGGAAAGGCGGCGGCAAUUGCUGGGAUUAUCAACGAUUAAGGUUAGAUCAUGGAGCGUGUCGUCGGUGGGAAGUACAGGCUGGGACGUAAGAUCGGCAGUGGAUCGUUUGGUGAACUUUAUUUAGGGGUGAGUAUACAAAAUGGAGAGGAAGUGGCUGUCAAGCUGGAAUCUGUGAAGACCAAGCACCCACAGCUUCACUAUGAGUCAAAACUGUAUAUGCUUCUUCAAGGAGGGAGUGGCAUUCCCCAUCUUAAAUGGUUUGGAGUUGAGGGUGAUUACAAUGCGAUGGUCAUUGACCUUCUUGGACCAAGCCUAGAAGAUUUGUUCAAUUACUGCAGUCGGAAAUUUUCCUUGAAAACAGUUUUGAUGCUUGCGGAUCAGUUAAUAAGCAGAGUAGAGUAUAUGCAUUCGCGGGGGUUUCUUCACCGUGAUAUAAAGCCCGAUAACUUUCUCAUGGGUUUAGGGCGCAAAGCAAAUCAGGUAUACGUCAUUGAUUAUGGCCUGGCAAAAAAGUAUAGAGAUCUUCAAACACACAAGCAUAUACCAUACAGAGAAAACAAGAAUCUCACAGGAACAGCUCGUUAUGCAAGUGUUAACACCCACCUCGGAGUUGAGCAAAGCAGAAGAGAUGAUCUGGAAUCCCUUGGUUAUGUGCUUAUGUACUUUCUGAGGGGAAGCCUUCCCUGGCAGGGGUUGAAAGCAGGCACCAAAAAGCAGAAAUAUGACAAGAUUAGUGAAAAGAAAAUGCUUACUCCCAUAGAGGUUCUUUGCAAGUCACAUCCAUCAGAAUUUACAUCAUACUUUCACUAUUGCCGAUCAUUGCGGUUCGAGGACAAACCAGAUUAUUCUUACCUGAAGAGGCUCUUUAGAGACCUUUUUAUCAGAGAAGGCUAUCAAUUUGACCAUGUUUUUGAUUGGACUAUACUGAAGUAUCCACAGAUCAGCUCCAGCUCAAGAGCACGGGUGAGUGUUAAACCGGCUUUGAAUCCUGCUGGACCAUCUGCUGAAAGAGUAGAAAGGCCCUCAGUGGGCCAAGAAAUUCGAGAUAGGUUUUCUGGUGCUGUGGAGGCAUUUGCUAGACGAAAUGGCUCCAGCCAUGGUUUGCAUUUUGAUCCCUUGAAGCACAGAUCAUCAAAUGGCAUGCCAUCAUCCAAGGAUCAACCUGAUUCUGAAAGGGCUCAUUCUUCAUCACGAAAUGGCAGUACUUCAAAGCGAGCUGUCGUAUCAAGCAGCCAUCCUGGCUCCUCUGGAGAGCCUAGUGAGAACCGAUCGAGCAGACUGUUCUCAAGCAGUGGUCGCCUGUCAACAACUCAACGGACUCAACCUGCACUGGAGUCCAAAUCAUCAUCCUUCUCUCGUAUCAUACCUACAAGGGGUGGUCGUGACGACUCUCUUCGUAGUUUUGAGCUGCUGACAAUUGGUACUGGCAAAAGGAAAUAGACAACAGUAUCCAUCCAUCCAUUGUCAACAAGGAUUUGCUUCUCCUGAGGGUGACUAUUCCUCUCAUUUUCAUCAAGAUCCCGACGCUACAUCAGUUCCACAGUAGUUUCCUUGUAUAUUAUUAUCAUGGGUUCCAUCCAGUUCAAUAGCUCAUCCUCGGCAGUAUGAAGCCUCUUUUAAGUCCAUCAAAGAAAAGGGAGAAAUGAUCUCUGCUCCAUGCAUUGUUCAUAUAUAUAAAUAUUUCAAAACACCUGUAGCUGUAAUCAAUACUUAAUAUUCCUCCCAGGAACAGGAAGAACAACUUUGCCAGAAAAAGGCUAUUAUUCCAAGUCCAACAAUGUAUCUAGAUCCCAUCUGCAUGCUUCUGUUUAUGUAUUUGCAUCUUGCGUUAGAAAUCACAAAUAAUGCAAAUUGCACUGGUUUGGGUGGGAGCACUGUACUUAAUGCCCAAAUGUGAAAAUAUAUUCUCUUGACUCUU